UUUUUUUUUCCCGCCUCAGUAAUCGGAUCCCCGCAGCUAAAGAAACUCAAGCAGUCAGAGACCAGAGCGGUCAGCCACCAGAGGACGCUGGGAGAGAGACGGUGGGAGCUGUCCAGCGCCGAGAAAGCUAGAGACGACCAUGGCCAAGGAGUGGGGCUACGCCAGCCACAAUGGUCCUGACCACUGGCAUGAAAUAUAUCCCAUUGCCAAGGGAGACAACCAGUCACCCAUCGAGCUGCAUACUAAAGACAUCAAACAUGACCCUGCUCUGCAGCCCUGGUCAGCAUCUUAUGAUCCUGGCUCUGCCAAAUCCAUCCUGAACAAUGGGAAAACCUGCAGAGUUGUGUUCGAUGAUACUUACGAUAGGUCCAUGCUGAGAGGUGGUCCUCUCACUGGACCCUACCGACUUCGCCAAUUCCAUCUUCACUGGGGCUCCUCUGACGACCAUGGCUCUGAGCACACAGUGGAUGGCGUGAAGUAUGCUGCAGAGCUUCACUUGGUUCACUGGAAUCCGAAGUACAACACUUUUGGAGAAGCACUGAAGCAGCCUGAUGGGGUUGCCGUGGUUGGGAUUUUUCUGAAGAUAGGACGGGAGAAAGGUGAGUUCCAGCUCCUCCUUGAUGCACUGGACAAAAUUAAGACAAAGGGCAAGGAGGCUCCCUUCACAAACUUUGACCCAUCUUGCUUUUUCCCUGCUUGCCGGGACUACUGGACCUACCAUGGCUCCUUCACCACACCGCCCUGUGAGGAGUGCAUUGUGUGGCUGCUGCUAAAGGAGCCCAUGACCGUGAGCUCUGACCAGAUGGCCAAGCUGCGGAGCCUGUUCGCCAGCGCAGAGAAUGAGCCCCCGGUGCCCCUGGUGGGGAACUGGCGCCCUCCGCAGCCCAUCAAGGGCAGGGUGGUGAGGGCCUCCUUCAAGUGAGGCGUCCAGUGCCCUCUUCAGGAAAGGAAACCUGAGGCUGGAGAGCUCCCUGCCCCAACUACGUCGCCUUUCCGCCCCGAGAGAGGAAGGGGAGAGAUGCAGCCAUAGAGAAACCUCAGUUACUUUUGACACAGUCUAACACAGAAGCAUAAAUUUCACACUUGACCUCUGUAAUAAUCAGUUUUUAUAUAAAAGUAGCAUUUUUAGUAAGGGUUCAAAGAAGAAGAAACAGAGUGAAGAGUAAAGAUAUAGAAAAGUGGCUUUUGAGCAUCUUAAAUUUCUCAUAACCUCAGGUUUUCUAUUUUUGCCAUGUGUUUACUUGUCCUACAGAAGUAAUGCCACUCUUAUACCUGGGUGUGGUGGUGUGGGGAUGGGAUAACAGUUAAGUUGAAAUGAUUGUGAACCUCAAGAAUUGAAUACACAAUGUGCUUUACCUCUUAACAUCAGUAAGAGCUCACUCCAUCCAUCACUUAUUAAAUGCUAGCUACUGCCAAGAUUACCUGGUUUGAUUAUCAUUGAAAAGAAAACCCAGUAAGAUGUGUUUGGUUUCUUACAUUUUUGACCCAGUGCAGAAUUUCUUUUUCUUAAAAGAUUGUUUUCUUUACCUGAAGCAGGGUCAUUCAUUUUUAUUUCACUACCUUUAUCUUUGCAUGCCUAUUAAAAUAAAAGCUGUCUCUGGUUGAGGUUGGGAUUAACAAUUCCUAGAACAGGAAGAGAUGAAUGAUAUCGUGAAAGCAAAGGUUGCAUGGAUCACCAAAAACAAUAAA